AUGGAAGAAAGCAAGAAGAAUGGAGUAUACAAUGAAAGUCUCUCUAAAAGAGAUAAACGACGUCAACAAAUCUCAUCGAGGUUAAACAAGCUUGAGGUGAAUUUCAGCAACGAUAAGGACAACUUUUAUAAGCUACUGUUGCAGAACCUUCAAAAUACACUUGCCACUCUUCAACAGGGUACCAACGAUGAUUUUGUAACCAAAAAGGAGGAUUUGGAAGAGGUUCGGGAUUACGAGCUUACCAAGCUAAGACUCUGGGAAGAAUACCAAGUGAAGCGAAUAGAGACUGAAUACAACGAAGACAUAUUGAAAGCCAAGCAGAAUCACAAUCGGAUGAUUAAGUUGAUUAAAGAGAAGCUUUAUGACAAGUUGGAGAAGCAGAUUCAACAAUUGAAAGAUGAUAAGUUGUUGCUUAACUUAGUGAAUGCCAAUUCAUGGAAGGGAACUGAAAAGGGGCUCAAUGGUUCCUUGGCAUCGCAUUUAUCAGCAUCAGAAAUAUCGAUUUCUCUGCAUGAAAGGAGGUCUCUUAGGAAGAGAGAGGUGAGUCUGAGGUUCACCGCUGGAGAGGCGGACGAUUUGUCUGACGAUGGUAGAAUGUCUGGCAGUAGUGGAUACAUAGGAAAUGGAUAUUUUUCGGCUACUGGAGGCCAGCAGUCCGGGGGUGCUGGAGGAUACUCUUCAUCGUCUAAAAGACGAAGGCACUAUGCUACGAGGUAUUCUUCGAACGACGAAUCAUCAGGUGCUGUGAAAUACGGCGGAAGAAAUGGUGCAUCGAAUGGAGGGGGAGAUGCUGGAAGUGGCGGUGGAGGAAAUGGUGGAGGUGCUAGCAGCGCAAGUGGGUACACAAGCCAUGGAGGGUCACAUUACCAACAUGGAGUCAGCAGUGGGAAUGAUAGUAAUCUCAGUGACAAAGAUUAUGACACUUUGAACAACAUCAUAAUGGGAAACGAAGACGGGGGAGCAUCCUUGGUGUUGUUGGACAAGGCCAACGGUGGUAUGAGCGAAAGUAAUAGCGCACACGGAAUUGGUCAAUCUUCAGGAAAGGCAAGCACGAGGAGUUCACACAAACAGUUCACGGGGUUAUCUGGGUUGAAGCCCGAGGAAUUGAAUGACGACUUAAGUUUGAUAAGAAACGCCAUCAAGAAGUAA